AUGAACAAGCAUCGUUGGCGUGUGGGGAUCAUGACUGAGAUGGCUCCCAUUGGUUAUGUUGGUGUGAGCCCAAAAUGCAUUCUUGGUUUUAACAAGAAUCAUGGAGAGGAAAUAUCGUUGCGACUUCGAACUGAUGACCUCAAAGGUUUCAGGAAAUACGAAAGCAUCAAGAAAACUCUACUACAUGAACUUGCUCACAUGAUAUACUCUGAACAUGAUGCAAACCUUUAUGCUCUGGAUAAGCAGAUGCAUGAACUCUCUUGA